GGUCAGGUUCUCGGUUAGAUGCUGCUGUGGAUCGGAUUAGCCGAUGGUACGCGUAUUGUUUUCCGAUUCGUGAUUGAUGCGACGAAAUACAACGGGCAGCGACGACGACCGAAGUUUCAGUCACGGUGGUGCCGGCGGCAUUCGACGGCGUGGGGAUACGCUCACUCUGGAGACUGGAGACUGGAGACUGGAGACUGGGAAAUACUGCCGACUUGAUAAAAAUAAGAGAAAAAUUAAUUU